CUUCCUAUUUGUUCCGGCUCGCUAGUCUUGGUUUUGUUUAACCCCUUUUUGUUUUCUCACAGCUUGACUUGCCCAGAAAGUUUCCAGCAAUAAGAAACUCAGAAGAGAAAAAGAGAAAGGAGAAUGGAGGCACCGAAGAGCAUAGCACACGAGAUUGGAGGCGCGAAGAACGAUGCGCUUCGAUUUGGACUCCAUGGCGUCAGGAGCAACAUCGUUGGAUCUCAUCCUCUCGAAUCCUCAUGUCAAUCUAUGAAAGAAACACAGGAGCAGAUGAAGAGGAAAUUUCUGGCUAACACAUAUGGAAGUGCCUUUCCUCUGAAGAUGGAUCUUGACAUGCAAAUUCUUUCACGGUUUCAGAGGCCUCCAGGAGCAAUCCCUUCUUCAAUGCUGGGUUUGGAGGCAUUAACAGGAAGCUUGGAUGACUUUGGUUUUGAGGAUUAUCUGAAUGACCCCCGCGAAUCUGAAGUGUUCCGGCCAGUAGACAUGCAUCAUGGAAUGGAGGUUCGCCUAGGGCUUUCAAAGGGUCCAGUCUGCCCAAGUUUCAUGUGAUUCAAUUCCUCAUGCUGCAUCAUGAGAGAAUCAGUUAUGUUCUGAUUGUUGCUUAUGGAUCUAUGACUUACAUGUCAGAGAUUUGCUUAAAAUGUGUGUCAUCUGAGUAUGUGCUUCUCCUGCGAGAUAAUGGCAUGUGGUCUCGCUUUUAAAAUAUAGUCGGUCUCUAUGUUAUUUAAUGCAGUUUUUAGUUACUUCUUUAAAGAUCUUAUGCUUUCCCUUC